CAACGAACAGCAACGAAACAAGCAGCCCUCCAUCGCCUCGACCGCCAGCAUGCCGCAGCCGCCAUGCGUCUCAGCCUUGCGACAGCCCUUUCGCGCGAUGCUGCUGGACUUUGCCUACACCACACAACUGUCAAUCCCGUCCUGAGUUACAUGAGCGCGAUGCGACGGCUCCUUCAGUUCCGAUCGAAGAACAGCAAGGCUGAGGAUCCUUUAGAACCCUCCGCAUCCUCGGUGUCAGCAGAACCAGCUGCUGCAGUUGUACUAGGCUUGCAAGUGGUAGCUGAGGGCAUCGAACCGAUUGUCGACAUUGUCGCUAUCCAUGGCCUGAACGGACACUGCGAGAAGACAUGGACAACGAGCGACGGCGUCAACUGGCUCCGCGACCUCCUCCCGCACGACCUCCCCAACGUGCGCGUACUCAGCUGGGGCUACGAUGCGAACACGCAUAGCCGCUCUCGUGUGAGCUGCCAAUACCUGUUCGACCACGCACGAACACUAGUAUCAGACCUGUGCUUGGAGAGGCAGGUCACACAGACAAAUAAGCGGCCGAUCGUCUUCGUGGCGCACAGCUUGGGCGGGAUCAUCGUGAAAAGCGCGCUCAUCCACUCAGAUGCUGCCCGACACGGGGCUCUCGAAGAGCAUUGUUCGAUCAAGCUGUCGACAUACGGCAUCAUGUUCAUGGGCACGCCGCACCAAGGUGGCAGCGGCGUCGCGCUCGGCAGGCUCAUGGUCAACGUGGCGUCGGUGUUUGUGGCGGCAGACGACCGGCUACUGCAGCACCUCGAGCGGGACUCAGAAUGGCUCCAGCAACAGCUUGGGCAGUAUGCGCCGAUCAGCAGUCACUUUGUGACCAAGUUCGCGUUUGAGGAGUAUGCGACGCCAACCGCGCUUGGCCAGUCGAUUAUGAUCGUUCCUCGAGCGUCAGCUGUAGUACCAGGCGCUGCGGACGGCGAGCCGAUAGCGAUACAUGCAGACCACAUUAACAUGGUCAAGUUUGGGUUGAAGUCGGACCCCGGCUACAAGACAGUGUCAGGCCACCCGCGAGUAAUGGCUAGAAAUGCGGGCGACGCUAUCGGUGGGCAGUGGGAUACACAGGGCAGAGUGGACGCGGGUCUCUCCAACGAGCCCAUUAAGUCGUUUACUGUUCAGUCUAGCGUGCCAGAGGUGUCGCACGUCGAGCGUUUUGUCGGCCGGGACGAGGAAAUCGACAAGAUCCACGAAGAGCUCCAGUAUGACGGCUCUCGCAAGACAGUCGUAGUGCACGGCCUUGGUGGGAUGGGCAAGACUCAACUAGCAUUGGCGUAUGCGCUGCGACAUAGAGACCAGUACUCGGCAGUAUUCUGGGUAAACAGCAAGGACGUGGACACGCUGAAGCAAGGCUAUGCCACUGCUGCAAAACGUAUCUUUUGCGAUCAUCCAUCGCUGAUUCAUCUAAAGGCAAUUGCUGGGGGAAGCGACCUUGACGAAGCGAUGGAGGCGGUUAAAAGGUGGCUGAGCAAAUCUCAGAACGAUCGAUGGCUGAUCAUCUACGACAACUACGACACGCCAAAGCUUCCAGGAUGCGAUGACGCAGGGACUUUCAACAUUCGACCCUUCCUUCCCGAAGCCCACCACGGAGCUGUACUGAUCACGACGCGGUCUUCCCAGCUAAGGCUUGGUUCUCUUGUCGCAGUAAAGAAGAUGCAGAACAUCGAGCACAGCCUAGAGAUACUGUCGCAUGCGUCUGGACGUAAUGGGCUAGGUAGCGACCCCAAUGCCCGCGAACUGGCCCAAGAACUAGACGGUCUACCACUUGCUCUUGCCACAGCUGGCGCCUACCUCUACCAGGUGUCGACCAGCCUUGCCGACUACCUUCAGCUGUACAGGAAAUCGUGGCUUCGGCUGCAGCAGAAGACGCCACAGCUGCUUUCGUACGAAGAUCGAGCGCUAUAUUCGACGUGGGACGUCUCGCUUGCUCAUGUCAAGCAGCGAAGCGAGCUCGCAGCCAAGGUUCUCCAGCUGUGGGCGUACUUUGACAACCAAGACGUCUGGUUUGAGCUCCUGCAGGAAUGCCGACAGGACGGUCCAGAGUGGUUUUCGGAGCUGACAGAGGACCAGCUCAGCUUUGACGAGGCGGUAAGAGUGCUCUGCGACCAUGCGCUGGUCGAGACAAAUACCACAUAUGGAGAUGGCAACGUAGAAUCGCGUGGCUACAGCAUGCACGGCUGCGUGCACUCGUGGACAAUGCACGUAGUGAACAACAGAUGGGAUGCCAGAUUGGCUAGAAUCGCGUUAAGUUGCAUAGGCCUGCAUGUACCAGACCACAACAGGCCUCAGUACUGGGUUGUAGAGCAGCGGCCUCUUCGUCAUGCUAAUCGGUGCCGAGCGUUUCUUCGUACUAGGCCAGCGGGGCAGGAUGACGACAAGUCAAUGCAUGGAGCAAUACACAACUUGGGCAUGCUCUACGUAGAUCAGGGCAAGCUGGACGAGGCAGAGGAGAUGUACCAGCGGGCGCUGCAAGGCAAAGAGAAGGCAUGGGGACCAGAGCACACAUCAACACUUGACACGGUCAACAACUUGGGCCUUCUCUACGCGGACCUAAGGCGGCUUGACGAAGCGGAAAGAUGUACCAGCGGGCGCUGCAAGGCAAAGAGAAGGCAUGGGGACCAGAGCACACAUCAACACUUAACACGGUCAACAACUUGGGCAAUCUCUACGCAGGUCUAGGACGGCUUGGCGAGGCAGAGAAGAUGUACCAGCGGGCGCUGCAAGGUAAAGAAAAGGCAGGAGUUCCAGAACAUUCUAUUCUUAAAGAGCUUAACAACUUAGGCAUUCUCUACAAGAACCUAGGGCGGCUUAAUGAGGCGGAGAAGAUGUACCAGCGGGCGCUGCAAGGCUACGAGAAGGCAUGGGGACCAGAGCACACAUCAACACUUAACACGGUUAACAACUUGGGCCUUCUCUACGCAGACCUAGGACGGCAUAAUGAGGCGGAGAAGAUGUACCAUCGAGCACUUAAUGGAUUUGAGAAACGCCUGGGCUAUGAACACGAGCGGUGUCGCAGGCUACGUCGUGUUCUUGCUGCUUUAGAGAGAUCGUUAUAACAAAGUAAAUAGAUCCUAGAGUGCUAAUCUUAUAGCUAUUUAUUGUUCCAAAGCAGAC